AGUUCAAACAAAGACCUUAAUUAACCUGUUUCUGCUCGAUCUCUCUCCCUCUCUGUGUCUCCGAUCCAUACAUCCUUCUUGAAGACUGCAUAUGACACAGUAGUUCUCGAUCUCAACAACGUAGAAAAGAUCAUAAUCAUAUUGGAUUGUUUCGCACGCCAUGGACGGUUCACCAUCUCAUCAUCAUCACCUUCAUCAUCCGACAGUGAUUCUCAACUCCCUCGACGAUCCUACGUUGCCGCCGCCGCCGCCGCCUGCAGCGUCGUCGUUCCGUCCCGAGAAAAGGGUCGUUAACGAACUAGAUUUCUUCAAGAGAGAGAAUACUGAUUUUGAUUCCGCCAUGGCCAACGAAGCGGCUCUGGUUAGUAAAGGGAAUGGCCGUGUUGGAGAUGAAGCCGUCAACCAUCCCCCAGUACUCGAUACUGGCUUAGAUCUUCUGGGUUCAAGCAAGAAGUCCAUGGUCUUCCAUGGCGCUUCGCCAGCAACAAUGGAACAUAAAGCAACAGUUGAAGAAGAAAGGAGUUUAUAUCUUACAGCUUUGAGGGAGGAGCUGGAAAGGAUGAACUCGGAAAAUCAACGUUUGAAAUCAAUGCUUAAUCAAGUCCACGACAAAUAUAACGCUUUGAAGAUGCACUAUGCAUACAUCUUAGAACAUCAACAGACCCUAAAACCUGAAAUCCCCGAAGACGAUAAGUCGGGUAAAUUGGAUCAGAUGAACGAUGGAUUCGCAGAAGGAAAUGAGAAGAAAAGAAAACUGAAAGAUGAUAUGAAGGAAGAGCAUUCGCAUUCACAUUCGUCGCCAGAAGGCGGCGCCGGCGCCGGCGCGUCACCGCCAUGUCCGGAAGAUAACACCAGAGAAGAAAGCCCCGACAAGGUACAACAAAAGCUUGCUGGCAGAUCCAACGGUGAAAAUUAUUCUGAUCAUCUUCCAGCUGCCGCCGAUCAACCCGCCCCGGCGGCCAAGAAGGCACGCGUCUCCGUCCGCAUACCAUGCGACACACCUUAUUGUUCUGAUGGAUGCCAAUGGAGAAAAUAUGGUCAAAAGAUGUCAAAAGGAAACCCCUGCCCUCGAGCUUAUUAUCGUUGCACCAUGACCUCUACUUGUCCCGUCCGCAAGCAGAUUCAAAGGUGUGCCGAAGACCGUUCGGUUAUGAUAGUUACCUACGAAGGUGAGCACAACCACCCACUGCCGCCGGCCGCCAGGCCAAUGGCAUCCACUACGUCGGCCGCCGCCACAAUGCUGCUCUCAGGCGCCGCUCGGAGUGCGGACGGGCCGGGACGUCCGGUGAAUCUCGAUGUCCUCCCACCAAAUUUCCUCCCAACAAUAUCAACUUUUGCAUCAGUCCCUACCAUCACCCUGGACCUCACCAACCCCAUGGCUACACAGCAAACGCCGCCGCCGUUCCAUUCCCCAAAUCCUCCGCUUCCUCCCGGCAUCGUAAGCGCUGCCGCGGCUGCACUGACGAGAAAUCCUAGUUUUACGGCGGCUUUGGUUUCCGCCAUCACCUCCAUCAUUGGCGGCAGCCAUGCAGCAGCUCAGCCGCCGCCUAACAGUACUGAUCUCAGUGACCAAGAUGUUAAACCCUCUCCCAGCAUGGAAAGCAACGUGCAAGCAAAAGUUUUAUAGAAAUAUAACUAAGGUUAUAUACUCCCAGUCUAUCUUCUUCUUGGAACUAUACUGGAUGUGUUUUGAUCAAUCUGAAUGCAUGCAUGUACAUUUUGU